AUGUCGUACUCCAAUCCAGCGCAGGGGCGCAGGACCUCGUCCGACCUCAAUACCCGCUAUCAACGCAUCUCUUCGCACCAGCAGCAACAGCAGCAAGAACAGCAAUGGCGUCAGUACCAGCAACAGCAACAACAGCAGCAACAGCAACAGCAACAGCAAGGCGCUCCUCAGCAUCCACCACGCACCUACUCGGCAAGCACGCCCAUGUGGACAUCGCAGCCCGUGCCCGAGCCGCCACUGCUGCCGCCGCUCGUCGAUCUCGCCAACUGGAUCGCCUCGCUGCCUCCCGUCCAGCAGUGGCCUUCUCUCCUCGUUGACCGACUUUUGCUGGCUCCCGUCUCGCAGCUGCUUAGGGCAACGCGCGACAUCAUUCUCUCGCCCAAGACCCAUCGCAUCGUAGUGCGCCUUGGUGUGCUCGCAACCAUCUUUUGGUUCGCUCUUGGCGCUGCCAUUGUCAGCUACAUCGGCUUCUACCGCGCCUGGGUGCCUGACGUCGGACUGCGCAAGGAAAUCUGGCUCCAGUAUGGCCACGACCGUCCUCCGUUUGCUCAUCUCGACUUUGCUCCCUCCGCUUCCGCGAGCCAGCUGCGCGAGCCCGUCGUCUCCUCGUCCUCCUCCAAGCCUUCCACCGACAUCACCGGCGAGUUCUUCGCUCAGGACCAGGCCUACGACGUCACCCUCGAGCUAUCUGUCCCGCUCAACCAGGCCAACCUCGAUCUGGGCAACUUCAUGGUCGACCUCGACCUCAAGAGCAAGGCGGAUCGCUCCGUGUUUCACGUGUCCAAGCCUACGCUCCUCACGUAUUCCGCCGCUCCCAUUCGCGCCGUCUCGUCGCUUUCGCAGCUCGUGUCGCGCAGUAGUCCUGCGUCGUCCGCGCCCGCCAACGCGCAGCUGCUCCGCAUCCCGCUACUUCGCCGUGCCGUGCUGCGUCCGUCGUCGUACGCGCCACCGCUCUCGUCCACCCCGCCCGAUCCGCGCGCCGAUCGCAAGGUCACCCACGGUCAGCUCAGCGUCGGCAGGGCGGACGCCGACAGGUUCUGGAUGUACGGCGGCAACCACAACACGCUCGCCGGCAUCCACACGCUGCCAGGCAACGGCAAGGUGGUGCCGCUCGCCGUCGGAUCGCACUCGAGCCGCGGAGAGCUGCAGACGUACAGCGCAAGCCUGCGCUUCGACGCCCACCUCACCGGUCUGCGCUUCUUCAUGUACCACUUCCCGCUCCUCUCGUUCUUCACCUUCACCACGCUCUUCCUCAGCUUCGAGAUGGCCACGGCGCUCACGCUCUGGGCCGUCGCCGCCAUCUACACCAGCUCCAUGACCGUCGAGCACGUCUCGCUCGACACCGAAGAGCACUUUCAGCAGGACAAGCCCUCGCGAUACGGCGGCGCGCGUCGUCGCGGCGGCGGUGAUGACGACGACGCCAACGGCGACACGAGCGGCAAGGCCGAGAUGGACACGCCGUCUGGUGAAGAGUCGACGUCGUUCGAGAGACGCUUUGGUCGCAGGGACGAGCUGCGGUCCGACGAAGACGAGACCGAGACCGAGACCGAGACGCGACGACGCUUCAAGCGCGAAUACGAUGUGCCGCGCAUCAAGACCGAGGAGUUUGACGAAGAGGAUAUACGGCUGGCCGCUGACGACGACGUCCAAGAAGAGAUGAGGCUGCGCUCGCUCGAGAGCCUCGAGGCCAAGGAUGCGGCGGAUCUGGCCGAGGCGAUCCGCCAGUCGCGCAUGCGCGAUGUGCUCGAGGCGAGGCGCAUGGGCGGUUCGAGUGGAGUGGGUACGAGUGCCGGCACCGUCAUGGUCGGCGAAGGGCUGAUGGACAUUGUGGAUCCCACGUCGCCCAUCUCGCCCGAGGAGCUGUCCGAGAUCCAGCUCUCGCGCAGGGUGCUCGAUCGGCUCGACGAGGAGACCGAGGAAGAGACCGACGUGGGCGGCAGUCUCACGGGCGAAGAUGCCUCUUCCAACGCCUCCAGGCCCACAAGGCCAUCGAGUCGAGCCGCAGCGACGGCGGCGGCGGCGGUUGGAGCGGGAGCUGGAGGAGAGACGGAUCCGUGGGAGGAUCUCGAGGGCGAGUCGGGUUCUGGUGAUGGAAGCUCGGGCGGAUCCAGGGUGAAUGUCGAGGACGACAAGGACACCGGCGAGCAAAGCACCGUCGGCGGCUCGACCACGUCAGGAGCGCGGACGGUGCGAUCGUUUGGCGCCACCACCACCGCCACGGGCACCACGGGCACACGGCCUGAAUAG